AUGGAACCAGUUCGAAUCAAGCCACCUUCCACAACUGCCAAUGCGGCUUCUGCCACGGACUCGCUUUACAACGAUGCAAUGCGAGUUUUUCUUCUGAUAGAAGAUGAAAGGCAUCUUUCUGCGCUUUUGUUGUACCAAAAUCUUUUGGACCGAUUAGACCCUACGCCUGAGUUGAGCGGUAGUCCGAACAAGAGACUGAGCAAGAUAUUCAAACGGGGACGAAAACCCAACAAAGAUAAGGGAAAAGACGAAGAAAAAGCCAGAGAACUAUUACAGUCAAAACAGAAAGUGUUGGAAAGCUUGCAGGAACGAUGUGCAAUGUUCCGUCAAGCCAAACAGAACCUGGACGUCGAUGAUGAUUGGACACUUGCACAGACAAUAUUUGGAGUCACUACCUAUUAUCGUAGGGAAGAUGAUGGAUCUUUGAGUAUCAAGAUGGAAGGAAGAUUAGAAGGUACCGCCUUGUUUGAACAAGUAGCUGUUUUACGAGAAGUUGACUUGCAUUCGAAAUGGGCACCCUUCUGUUCUUCUAGUUUGACACUUGCGCACUUAAAUAAGCUAGACACUGUCGGGUGGUUUGUGGUUGGUUUGCCACACUUUGGACUGAUGAGAGAUGCCUGCUUUCGAGCAAUGGGAUGCGACAACAUUUUCGAAGAUGGUUCGAUUAUGUUGGUGGGGCAAGGGCUGGAAGAUACACCGCAAGAUGGCGUCAAAUCGAACACAUUGGAAACAAAUGCGGAAGCCUCCAACGAGAGCAGAGGGUUCGACUACCUGACGGAAGAUCCAGUCCUAAAAACUCUUGAUAUCCCAGAAGUGCCCAAGGGAAUGGGACGGGGUAGAAUGACCAUUCGAACAUUCCAAGCAAUAAUUCAUAUCGAAUCACCAACUGAGGCCACAACUCGGAUCGUGGCAAAUGUGGAUCCGAACUUACCACUGAUUCCACAGAGUCUCAUCGAUUUUCUGAUGAAAAAAUUGUGUGGUGUCCUGCUGAAUAAGCUACAAAGUGCUGCCAAGAAGGUUGCGAAGGACCCAAUUUAUAAUGACCAUGCGCAAUUGAUGAGGCUUCAAGAACCGUUUUACAAGGGAUGGCUCAUGGCCAAAUUCCAACAGAUUUGUGAAAUACGAAACUGGACCAUGCCACCUGUCACCUGCUUUGAAUUGACCGAAGAGCAAUUGGAGCGGGCGGAAGAAGCUUUUAAGAAGAAGACAAAGAAAGACAACAGAAGAACAAUGAAAAUGUACCAGACGAUCAACGAUGAAAAGCUUGAUGCAUUCUUGGAGAGCCGGCAAGCCGGGGAAACCGAUGAUCUUCCUACACCUAGACUGCGAACUCACUCCGUCGAUUCGGAUUCAAUAUCAGAGAUAUCACAUUUAUCAGGCACUACUGAGACGAGCAAAUGGAGCCGUAAUCCAAUUAACAAGUACUUGAAAGAGCUUGAGUUGAAAACGGAAAAAAGGAAACUGCGUGAAAUUGAAAAGUCUCGAGAACGAGCUGCCAAUAGACUCAAGCCGAAAGAGUUGGAUGAAUCAUCGAGAUCACGUCUUGAAGAAUUGCGAACGGCUAGGGAAAUCCGUCUCGGUAAGUCGAGCUCAACACCAAUGCCUCCACAAGGAAAGGAUGCAAUGAAAUUGCUUCGAGAAGCAAAUUUGAAGGUCAAGAAUGAUUGGGUGACUUUAUGGGCAAACCGUUCUGCCAUUACCCGUGUUUUUCUCAUGAAAAUACUGGUAAUUGGACUGUUUGGCCUAAUGCACGGAAGUGCGUUUGUCGAGAGAAUAAUUGCUGAACGUAUUACAGUCGACAUUCUUUCUGAAGACCAACGAUAUGAUAUCGCUGCUAUGAUAUAUCUUCUCCUCUCAACAGCAGUACAUUUCUGUCUCUGUUAUGUUGCCAUGAUCUAUGCUUUUUCGUCCCUUCAACUGGGGCGGAUGGCAGGACGGCAAGCGAAGCGAUUCUACACCCAGAACGUUCACCUCAUUGUCCUCGGGACAAGCACGGGGAUGCUAUUUUUCUCUCUUGCCCUUGCGUUUUGGAGGACUUCAUCUCAAUGGACGUUUUGGAAAACCUUUUGUUCUUCGAACUUUUUGAUGGAGUCAAAGACCAUUGCCGAUGCCCUCAACAAGCACGUAUUCUCGCUUGAUCAGGCUGAGGAAGAGUGCAAAGACUUUGAGAUUGGUGCUUGGAGACAUGAUGCAUAUGCAACAGUACGCAUCCUGUUUACAUAUUCCGCAACAUUCCUUCUUUCUGUUCUUUUUCUGUUCAGUUCGACAGCAAACAGUGCAACCAGGUCGACUUCCUACAGCAAUUUGAGCGAUGCAGUUUCUGAUAGUUCAAUCGAUGUGACCGCCCCAAGUUCUACGAAAUCUUUGCCUUCGCUCCGAGGUCAGAGUAGCCUCGAGCUUCCGAAGCGUGCGAAUACUUUUGCGUUCGAAACGGUUCAAGAGGAAUCUAACGGUGCUUCGUUGAAGAAGUCUGGUGAGCCCGGGAAAACAGGCAUCAAGAAAGUGUCCUUCGGGGAGCGCUCAGUCACCGCUUGA